AUGGGAGCCGUUCUUUCAGGUCUCGCGAAAACCGCCCCGAACUCACAGCUCCCUCUGCUUUUGAUAACCUCUCAUGGCGAAAAACCGCCUCUCAAUCCUCCGCCUCAGUUGCAGUUUGAUAUUCGCUCCUUGAAGACUCCGCCGAGGCAUAUUUGCGACACGCACAAUGGCAUGUCAAAAUGCCUUCAAGAUUGGGCUAAUGCUGAUCCUGGGUUUAUCUCUUGUCGCGAUGCGAUCAGGUUAGAGAUUCAGUUGGCGGCCAAGGUUACUUUGGAUGGUUAUAAGAAGAACGUCUUGAAGCCUUACUCAAAAUCUGCUGGUGUAGACAAGGACACACUUUGCCAACGAGCCUUUAUGGGAGAAGCUACUCCAAGAACAGAUGAUAAAGAAACAACCCCUGAUACUGAUAAGGGUGGAGAUGGGUACGCCUUGAGUCACGAGUUGCCCGAAUCAACAUCGUCAUUUCGCCCCUCCGAGCCUGGGCUACGAGUUGGGAUCAACUGUUUGAUAGGAAGACAUAGGAGUGUAGCUAUGGCAGAGGCCCUCGCCAACAUGCCAUGGCCUGGAUGGGAAGUACAAGUCGAACAUAGGGAUGUCUGGAAAAAGUGUAGGAAAAGCAAGAAGACCGAUAAGCGACGAGACCGACGGUCUAGACAGGAUGAAAACAAUGUGCGUUUUGAGGAAGGCAUGGGAUGA